UCGCCUUUUUCCCUCCCCAUCACCCCCACCCCAUUUUUUUUUUUGGGGGGGGGGGCGCCGCUUUUCCUCUUUUUUUUCCCCCUUUCCCCUCUCUCCGUGCGCGCGUGGUGCUUUUUCUCCGUGUCACUCUGUCAAGUUUCCCCCAAACAAGCCCAAACUUCGCAGCGAGGGGCGCAGCAACCACAGCUUUUUUUUUUUUUUCCCCCCUUAAUUUUUUUUUUUUCCAAUUUUUCCUCCUUUCCCCCUCUUUCCCCUCGCCGCUUCCCCAACCUGCCAGCGCCGAGGGGGGCGAGCCGGGGCCCCCCUCGCCCCAGGACCCCCCAAGCAGCGCCGAGCGGGCGCUCCGCACUCGCCGUCUCUCCGCGCGUGUGUGUGGGUGCGAGCGUGGUGCCUGUCAAGGGGCUGUUUCUCUCUCCCCACCCUCCUCCUCCUCCCUUCUUUCCAAAUAUGCUUUUUGCAAGUUUUGAUCUCGUCUCGGCACUGGCUACCCUCGCCGCGUGCUUGGUGUCACUGACUUUGCUGCUGGCCGUGUCCCAACAGCUGUGGCAGCUCCGCUGGGCUGCCACCCGCGACAAAACCUGCAAGCUACCAAUCCCCAAAGGCUCCAUGGGAUUCCCUUUAAUCGGAGAGACCUUCCACUGGCUGCUGCAGGGCUCCUGCUUCCAGUCCUCGCGGCGGGAGAAGUACGGCAACGUCUUCAAGACGCACUUGCUGGGGCGGCCGCUGGUGCGGGUGACGGGCGCGGAGAACGUGCGCAAGAUCUUGAUGGGGGAGCACCACCUGGUGAGCACCGAGUGGCCGCGGAGCACGCGGAUGCUGCUGGGCCCCAACACCGUGGCCAACUCCAUCGGCGACAUCCACCGCCACAAGAGGAAGGUUUUCUCCAAGAUUUUCAGCCACGAGGCUCUGGAGAGUUACCUUCCCAAGAUCCAGCUGGUGAUCAAGGACACCCUGCGGGCCUGGAGCAGCACCCCCGAGCCCAUCAACGUGUACCACGAGGCGCAGAAGCUGACGUUCCGCAUGGCCAUCCGCGUCCUGCUGGGCUUCCGCAUCCCCGACGAGGAGCUCGGCCGCCUCUUCGAGGUCUACCAGCAGUUCGUGGAGAAUGUCUUCUCCUUGCCCGUGGAUCUGCCCUUCAGCGGCUACAGGAGGGGAAUCCGGGCCCGGGAGACGCUGCAGAAGGGGCUGGAAAAAGCCAUCCAGGAGAAGCUGCAGAACACGCAGGGCAAGGACUACGCCGACGCCCUGGACAUCCUGAUAGAGAGUGGGAAGGAGCACGGCAAAGAGCUGACCAUGCAGGAGCUGAAGGACGGCACCCUGGAGCUCAUCUUCGCCGCCUACGCCACCACGGCCAGCGCCAGCACCUCCCUGAUCAUGCAGCUCCUCAAACACCCGCGGGUGCUGGAGAAGCUGCGGGAGGAGCUGCGGAGCAAAGGGAUCCUCCACAACGGCUGCAUCUGCGAGGGCUCCCUGCGCCUGGACAACAUCAACGGCCUCCAGUACCUGGACUGCGUCAUCAAGGAGGUUCUCCGGCUCUUCACCCCCAUCUCCGGGGGGUACCGGACGGUGCUGCAGACCUUUGAGCUGGAUGGUUUCCAAAUCCCCAAGGGCUGGAGCGUGAUGUACAGCAUCCGGGACACCCACGACACCGCUCCCGUCUUCAAGGAUGUGGACGUCUUCGACCCCGACCGCUUCGGGCAGGGCCGGAGCGAAGACAAGGACGGCAGGUUCCACUACCUCCCCUUCGGAGGAGGCGUACGGACCUGUCUGGGGAAGCACCUGGCCAAGCUUUUCCUCAAGGCUCUGGCCAUCGAGCUGGCCAGCACCAGCCGCUUCGAGCUCGCCACCAGGACUUUCCCCAAAAUCACCCUGGUGCCCGUGGUCCACCCGGUUGACGGACUCAAGGUCAAGUUCUUUGGACUGGAUUCCAACCAGAACGAGAUCCUGACGGGCACAGACGCCAUGCUGGGGGCCACCGUGUAAAGCCCGCGCCGGUGGCACCAGGGACGGGCGGCCGGGGGAGGCAGGGGUGGGGUGGGGGCGAGGGGAUGGACAGGAGGGGAGGAGAGAGGGAUGAGGAGCUUCUCCACGGCGCUCACCUCCGGAUCGGGACUGCUUUUCCAGCAGGGAAGCUGCCGGAAGCGUUUUGCUCUUCCCGCGGGACGCGGAGAAGGUCGGGGCGGCGGCGUCUUGUUUCGUCGGGAAGGAGGAAGAUCCGCAAAAGCCGAGUCGAGCUGGGAUGGCCGACCAUACACAGUAUCUAAUUAUUAUAAAUAUAUAUAUAUAAAUAUCUAUAAAACACUUCUGCUGCCAGGAGGAGAAGGCCCGACUGCGGGAAAGGCUUGGGAAUCGGCCGAGGAUCUGAGGUCUGGUGUCCCGGGGCAGCUCUGGGGUGACCUCUGACCUUUGUUUUUUUAACAGUGUUAAAUUAGCUGGUGAUAACAGUGUUUUUAUGGUUUUUUGAGGUGUUUUUUUUUGGUUUGUUGUUUUUUUUUUUUUUUUCAUUUGUUUGGUUGUGUUGUUUGUUCCGGGGCAUUGGAGCCUUUCCUUGGCUGGGGGAGACAACGCUGCCCAUUCCCAGCCCCUCUCCCGCUGGUGCCGGGGCAGGCUGGGGAGGAGGAGGGGUCGUUUUGCUUCCCAAAAAUCCCCUCCUGUGGUGUCUUACCCGGGGCUGAGUCACCCUCCAGGCCUCGAGAGAGGCAGAUUUGCAUUUUCCAAGAUGUUUUGAGGCUCUGGGGAGAGGGAUGCCCUUUUUUUUUUCUCUCUCGUUGAGUUUCCUGCUGCUGCUACACCGCCUGUGAGCACCCCCUCCUCCGCAGCCCCCCGCCAGCCCUGGGCACAGGCACCCGGCUUUGGGGACAUUUCGGUGCCUCUGCUGUCCCCUCAAGGUGCUGGCACCAGCCCCCGACCCCCAGCACGGCUCUGGGGACACCCGGGGGCGCCGGGGCUGCUCCUGCCGGGGCAUUUGCAUUAAAGGCGAUCUCUCGAAUUAAGCCAACGCGCGCAUUUGUUUGUCUCGUGUUUGGGGUUUUUUGGCAACGGGAGAGCUCAGCAGGAAGGAGAGGGCUCCGUGUCAGCUUCCACCCCGCAUCCCAGGAGAAUUCCAGAGCCUCUCCAGCACAAGCCAGCAGCCACCGAGAGGUAUCUUGCCUUCCAUUUGCUGGGGGGGAUUAUUUUAUUUCGGUUUUCUGCAUGCAGGAGGCUUCUGGGCUAAGUUGGAGAUUUGGGGGGUUGUGCUGGGAUGGUGUGGAGCACAAACUCCCCGAGCACCUGGGCGGGCGUUGGGUUCCAACCAGAGCCAAACGCCAGCUUGGGAGAUCCCUCCGCGACUUGGGGCAGCUCUUCCAACCCAUCCCGCCCCUCUCCUGUCCCAUCCCAACCCUCCGAGGUGGAACGGGCAACGCGAGGAGGCCGAGAACGGUGACGGGCACCGAUCCCGCGCCCGCGGGGGCAGCUUGGCUGUCGGCUCCACAGGGGUCCAGAGAAGUCCGAGGGCUUGGAAAGGGGAAGGAGAAGGGGCAGGUGUGGCUCACCGGGUGGCUUUGCAGGUUGUGCCUUUGCCUCUUUUGGCAAGAGGUGCCUCUUGGGAAGGUGGCGGGAAGUGUGAAGCGAGCGGAGGCGAGGCCGCCUUGGCCGGCGCGGCGCUGGCGGGGGCAAGGAGGAGGGAGGCAGGUUUGGAGCCAAGGGAAGCACUUGAGGUUGGAAUGCCGUCAGCCAAGCUGCCAGAAAUCCCCCCGGAGCAUCCCAGGAGAUGGUGGUCCCUCCCACCGGGGUGCGCAGCUUGAUUUAAGCUGGAAUAGAACUCCCCAUCCCCUGGGAUUCCCCAUUCCGAUCCUGGCCUAAUUCCUGGGUGGUGACCAACGUGCCAAACCCCACAGGAAGGUCUCGGGAGCCCUGGAGCAGAGGCUCAGAGUUUUCCAGCCUGGAAUUUUUAAGUGGAACACCACAAGCUCAGGCCCUGUUGGGAUUCCAGGUGUUUCCUUGUCCCUGACGGAGAGAAAACGUUCCCAAAAGGAGCUGGGUGGAAAUCCAAAUCCCAAAGGGCAGAGGGAAACACAAACCUGGAUGUGGUGGGAAUGGGAGUCUCCCAGGGACAAACACCCCGGGAGCGGUGCCGGGCACAGGGAGGUGUCCGUGGUUUUUGUAGGACUUGGGAAUGGGGAUGGAAGGUGGAUGAGCUGCAGGGUGAGAACCCAAGGGGUGCCCUCCAGGAGCCCCCCGUUUCCAUCUGGGAUCUGUGCUUGGGGCUGGGAAAGGGAAAGGCUGGAGAGGGGGAUGGACAGCCGGGAUGGAAGGUCUGGUUAAAGACAAAUCCCUUGGAUAGACGGGCAAAUCUCUUGGAUAGACUUUUCUGGAAGUGCUCCCUCCCUCUUUUCACAGAGAAUCAGGGAAGGGUUUUUCCCUGAAAUUUUAAUUUUAACUUCCACUGCCGUUCCAAAGUGAGAACCAAACCUGCUCCGGAGUCAGUUUUGAUGGGAAUGGGAGCUGCAGCCAUCCCUGAAAUUCCAUUGACAUCCAUGGAUAUACAGUGUUUGUGUGGGGGAGUAUUUAAUCCAGGCUGAAGUAAGCCAGGCUUUGUUGUUCCAGUCCUAACUAAUAUAACUUGACUAAAAAAAUAAAGUUGCUGCAGUGGGUUUGCAGAAUAAAGCACUUUGAAUCUCAGAUUUUUUUUUUUUUUAAUUAGCACAGUCCAAUUUGCUAUAAUAUUAUUUUAUACACAAAUUUUUUUUUUUUUGGUCUGUCUUUAUAAACUAUUAUAAGUGCUAUUUUUGUUAUAAUUCAAAAAUAGAUAUUUAGGAUAAAGUUGUGCUGUUAAAUAUUUGUUAUUUAGUAAAAAUAUGAUUUUUUUUUCCUCUAUUGUAAACGUCGUCUGGGAAAAAAAUAUUAAUGUUUUAUCCUAUUUGUUUUUAAUAUUAAAAAAAAAAGGAAAAAAGCACUUGUGGGGUUUUUUCGUUCGGGAAUUGGUGCCGUGUGCGGUUGUGUUGCAGUCAUGUGGGUUUUAAUAUGUACAGAAUAUUCUGUGUCCCAUAUUAAAAUGAAUGUUGUGUAUUUUGUGAUCCCAAAAUAAAA